CUGCUCCGCCCGUGGUCUGCCCUAUGGGCGGUCCUAUAUAAAGGCGCACAGACAAAGGCAAAGCCAGCCUCGGCUUGUCUCCACCUUUUACCCCGACACCACCUUACAGCUUCCGCUGUCACAAGCCGAAGGAACCAGUAGCCACAUUCAUCACCCUCACAACGGCUCUCGGCCAUCUUCCGCAUCCACACUCUGUGCUUCCCUCCCUUGAAGCUUAGCGAAAUUCUGGCCGAUAGUGUCCUCAACGACAAACAAAAGACCUCAGAAGAAACUGAUACCAUCCGCCCAAAAUGGUCGCUGACGCGGUUAUCUACCACCCUUCGGUGUCGCAUUACCUGCGAUACGUUGCGACAACAGUCGGUCGCGACAAAGUCCUCCGCAUCCUGCAAUACUUCUCCCGCUUCUACGCCUGGUACCUGUACCGCACGAACCACCCGCAAACCUCCGUCGCGCCAUAUGAGGCAAUCAAGAAGCAAUUCGGCCUCGUCCGAAAGGUCAUGCGACUGGGCAAGUUCGUCGAGCACUUCAAGGCGGCCGCCCAAGCGGCGGAUGCAAAGGCCAUGGACCCUGUCCUGAAGUACUGCGCCGUCGGUCGACAACUGGGCUAUGCGGGCUACAUGCUCUUGGACAACAUGACAGUGCCCGAUCUGCUCAACAUCAGAAAAUCGCCCAAGACGGCAAGCAUCCAGCGUGAAGCGUACCGCAUGUGGUUCGCAGGUCUAUCCUUCAAUAUUGUCGCCGGCGCAUACACACUCUACAACCUGCAACAGCGCCAGAAGGCCAUCGACGAGAAGACGGGCAUGGACGCCGCCGAGAACAAGAAGAUCGAAAGAGAAAGCAAAGCCGCGCGCCUCCAACUCGUCUCGGAUCUCUGCGACAUCACCGUCCCGACUGCUGGUCUGAGCAUCCUCACCCUCGACGACGGCAUCGUCGGUCUUGCCGGAACUACCAGCUCGCUGAUCGGGGCAUACCUGAUUUGGAAGAAGACCGCCGCGUGAAAACACCCUAGAAUCACGGAGAGCGCUUUGUUGUUGGGGUGUGUGUAACUUGUGGAACAGGCUUGGGAGGCGUGAGGAGGAGCGAGGAGCGAGGAGCGAGGAGCGAGGAGUAUCAGGACGAGGACGAGACAAGUAGUAGCCCAAAGCUGAAAGAAACCCAGGCUACAGAGGACUUUGAGGUUUUUUUCUGUUUUGUUUCGGAAACGGGGCAUUAAAAUAAUAUCAUUUUCCCCCUCUCUAUGCAAACUUCUUUUGUCGCCUUUUGCACGCUUUCUCACUCAUAUUUGACUGCCCCUCCUCCUCCUCAAGAAUGUAAACACCUGUUCCCGUAGUGAUGGUCAGCUAAGAUGUUUUCUUCAUAUCUAUAUAUAUAUCCCAGAAUUCACGAGAACUUUUUGUCCCAA